AUCGAAUCAUAACCUAUAAUAUUCUCUUUUAAAUGUUUAUUUUUUUGUGAGAGUUUGUGAGUUUCCUCAAAAUUUGUGUCUUUGAAUCACACCUGUAUUAAAGAAGUUGAAAUAUGUUCAACCAAAGCUCCCUUGGGACCUUCGGUUCCACGACAACCCCGAAUUCGGCUAAUCCGAUGAAGGAUUUCGAAGUUAUGCAGUCUCCUGAGGAUUCAAUAAGUUCGUUGGCAUUUUCACCUUCAACAAUUCCACAAAAUUUCCUCAUAGCUGGAAGUUGGGACAACAAUGUAAGAUGUUGGGAAAUUGAACAGAACGGCACUAGCAUCCCCAAGUCAAUGCAGUCUUGUGGAGGACCUGUCAUGGAUGUUGCUUGGAGUGAUGAUGGAACCAAGGUGUUUAUGGCUGGUUGUGAUAAACAAGCAAAAAUGUGGGAUUUGGCCAGCAAUCAAGUGGUCCAGGUGGCAGUGCAUGAUGCUCCUAUAAAAACUUGCCACUGGAUCAAAGCUCCCAACUAUUCAUGCCUUAUGACUGGCUCCUGGGAUAAAACCCUCAAAUUUUGGGAUACACGCAGUCCCAACCCCAUGAUGAGCAUUUCAUUGCCAGAACGCUGUUAUUGUGCUGAUGUGGACUACCCAAUGGCUGUUGUUGGGACUGCUGGUAGACAAAUCAUUGUUUAUCAGUUAGAAGGGAAGCCACAGGAGUUCAAAAAGUUGGAUAGCCCUCUUAAAUAUCAGCAUAGAUGUGUUGCCAUAUUCAAGGAUAAGAAGAAAGCCCCAGUAGGUUAUGCCUUAGGUUCAGUAGAAGGCAGAGUGGCAAUCCAAUAUGUCAACCCAACAAAUCCCAAAGACAACUUCACUUUCAAAUGUCAUCGUUCUAAUGGUGCUCCGAAUGGCUACCAAGACAUUUAUGCAGUGAAUGACAUUGCUUUCCACCCUGUCCAUGGUACUUUGGCUACUGUUGGAUCAGAUGGUUCUUUCAGUUUCUGGGAUAAGGAUGCUAGGACAAAAUUGAAACCCUCAGAGCUCAUGGAACAGCCAAUCACCAGAUGCUCUUUCAACCACAAUGGGCAGAUUUUUGCUUAUUCUGUGAGUUAUGAUUGGAGUAAGGGGCAUGAGUUCUAUAACACUCAGAAGAAGAAUUAUAUUUUCUUGAGGCCAUGUUAUGAUGAACUGAAACCAAGGACAUCAUCUUAAACUGUCUGAAUAUACUUUAUUGAUGUGAUUGAAGUUUUUUAUUUUGGAAAUAAAUGUUUAGAAUUGUGGCAU